CUAAAAAACAACUCAGAUAUUAAUUCGUCUUUUGAAAUCAGCUGCCGAUUCUUUGACAGGUGGUUAAAGGCAAAAAUACUUAAUCUCUAAAUUGCUCUUCAAAACAAACAUCUAGUCGAUAGCUGCCAUUAAUUGGGAACAUUUUUCAAAGCAAGAAAACAGCGUGAGUUUGUUAAAAAUAAUGCGCAAGAACAUUCUUGAAGAGAAGAAAUUACUCACAAAAACCGCCAUACAGCGAAGGAAAAAAUCGUCAUUUCGUUUGCGUUACGUAUUCUUGACAUGCGUAGUAGUGUCUAUUUAUGCAUUCAUAACGCUAUACAAAGAACUACAACAAGCUAGUCGUGUCUUAGCCGAUUUCAAAAGAGAGAGUUUAAUUUUAAUAAAAAACAAUUCUUUAGAAACGACAAUGCAUAAAACAAAACACGAAGCAACAAACUCCGAAGCUAUCGACGUUAACAAUGAAAUAUUAGAUAAAAUAUUAUGCUUUAGAAGUACGGAAAAUAAGAGUGUUUCUUCUCGAGUAGACUUGGAUGAAAAAAUAGGACGUCGCUUUCAAGAAAACGUGCUUAUGAUUCGGAAGCGAUUUUACGAAACGCAUCAAGCAAAAACACACGAAACUGAAAAAACAAACACAAAAAGAAACGCGCAAAAUAUUGGUCAAGACACGAACAUCAGGCAGUACAAAAUGAAAAAUGUCUUUGAGAACAGGACAAAUUUGCCAACUACCACGAACGAAUAUUCAUAUAAACAGUUCAAGAAUGAUUUCAGUUCAGAAUACACUAAAAAAAUGGGCUCAAAAAAAAUAACGGGAAGAUUCCCAAAGCAUAUGUCAAACAGUAAUGUCAUUAUCGUCGGUUAUCAUCGUUCUGGAUCGUCAUUUUUGGGAGAAAUGUUUAACCGUAAUCCGAACGCAUUUUACAUCUUCGAGCCCAUACACACAAUUGAUGUAUUUCUUGAAGCACGACGGCGUUUUCCGGCACUUUACGACACACUUGUUCGGAAUUUACUUGGAACUAUAUACGAAUGCAACUUUCAAAAACAUCCACUAUUUGUCAACACGCUCACAGCAUCCACAUUUCGUCUUAAAAGUGAAGCCUUAAGAUCAGGAGGUCUUUGUGAUCCACGCGUAAAUUUCGGAAAAAUGCACCUAUGUCAAAGAUUGAACGCGACGUUUUUGUCCCAAAUUUGUCGCAGUCAUCCACACAAAGUAAUAAAAACAAUUAGAAUGGUGCGAUGGGAAAAUCUUGAUUUCCUUCAACAUUCUACUCACACUCCGGCUAAGGUGAUUUAUUUAGUGCGUGAUCCACGAGGUAUAAUUACGUCUCGCGUGUCGUGGAUUCUUGAACGUUUACCGCAGUUCAUGAACUCCACAUCAAACAAAGCAAGUGAAAAGAUGCUGAAAGCGAUUUUGAAUUACAUUGGCAACGUAUCUAAAGAUUUAUGCACUCAAAUGAUCAAUGAUAUAAAAGAAUGGACAAAAAGAUCAAAACAUGACGAAAACUUUGCCAUGGUACGCUAUGAAGACGUUUCAAAAGACCCGCUGACCGCUUAUAAAAAAAUAUCGGAGUUUACAGGCAUAGCUCAAUCUCAGACUGUCAUUCAUUGGCUACAAAAUAACACUAAGUACUCCUUGGAUACAAAUUACUAUUCGACUACACGUAAUGCGACCGCUGUACCACAUAUGUGGCGAAGUAGGCUCACUAUGUCAUUCAUUAAUGAAAUUCAAAAUCACUGCGGGAACGUCAUGAACACAUUAGGAUACAAAUUGAUACGUAAUGAAAAAGAGCGACGUGACACAACAACAUCGCUGGUGAUACAAGAUGAUAACAUGGGAAACAUACGAACAUUACCGUAUGUUCGUAAUUUAUAAUGUGCAGGAGUAAAAUUGUCAUUGUAGAAAUGUUCUUCUUAUAAAAAUGGAAUGAGGAGGGGGGACUGGAAGAUACUUUACGUCAUAAUGACAAAAUAAAAAUGAUCCUGGUACCUU